UGGGGUACGUGUAGUAGCCAGUCAUAUAAUCACGCUGAUAAUGUGUGCAUCUCAAUGCCAGAUCUACCGAGUUAACCGUGUCUAAUAAUUUAAUUAAACGACAAUUAACCAAAGUUAUUAUAAUAAUGUAAUUAACGCUGUUUCUCCUCGCGUCAUUGAGAUUACUUUAACGAUCAAGUGUGGAUAUCGUUUCAUCAAUCCGAAACAGAAACUGCCGACAACCAGAAUUUAAUCAGAGACGUCUUCUUCUUGUACAACGAAUCUGGAGAUUGAUCCCGUCGCGAUGGAGUCAUCUACUUUGCUUCUGACUAUUCUGACAGCGAGUAUUUGCUUAUAUUAUUUUGUUCUAAGAAAGCUAUCUUACUUCGAGCGACUGAAGAUCCCGCAUGUGAAACCGGUUCCAUUAUUGGGCAACAUGGCACCUUUUAUUUUUCAACGCACAUCCCAUAUGGAGCAUAUACAAAGAUUCUACAAUCUCUUCUCGGACGCAAAAUACUUCGGUCUCUACGAUUUUAUAACACCGACCUUCGUUAUCCGUGAUCCAGAGUUGAUUUCCACGAUUGCCAUCAAAAAGUUCGACAACUUCUGUGAUCACAAUCACUUCGUGAACAAAAUUCUUGAUCCGAUAGCCGGUAGAAAUCUGUUUGACCUGAAAGGAGAUCACUGGCGCGAGAUGCGAAAACUUCUUAGCCCUAGUUUCACAUCCAGUAAGAUGAAGACGAUGUUCGGACUCAUAAGUCAGUGCGCCGAGAACUUCGUCGAUUUUGUGACAACGCAAUCCGGAAAAACCGGCAAAACGUAUGAUAUGAAAGACAUACUGGGCAGAUACGCCACCGACACAGUGGCCACAUGUGCCUUCGGCAUCAGCGUGGAUUCUUUUAAGCAUCCGAACAACGAGUUCUUCUUGCUUGCCAAGAAGGCAAUGACUAUUGACAACUGGCUGGCCUUCAAGUCCUUCAUGCAUAGAAACUUCCCGCUACUUGCAAGACUCCUCAAUCUCAAAAUGUUUGGCCCAGAGAUAGAGAAUUUUUUCAAAGAUAUCGUUUCCAACACAGUAAAUGUCAGGGAUGAGAAGGGAAUUGUUCGUCCAGACAUGAUUCAGUUGAUGAUGGAGACUAGAAACAAAAAUAGCGGACCUGCGUUCGAAAUUGACGAAAUGACCGCCCAGGCGUUUGUUUUCUUUCUCGCCGGAUUCGACACUACUUCGUUAACCAUGUGUUUUAUAACGCACCAACUCGCUGUCAAUCCUGAUAUUCAGAGCAAAUUAAGAGAGGAAAUUGAUGACGUUCUCAGACAGACCAACGGUAAACCUACCUAUGAGGCCAUCAAUCACAUGAAGUACUUAGACGCCGUGAUAAACGAAACUCUCAGAUUAUAUUCGCCAGCAUCUUUCAUAGACAGAAAAUGUGUCAAAGAGACCAAAUUGCCACCAGCGACUUCAGAUGGCGAACCGAUUACUAUAAAGCCUGGAGACAGCAUAUGGUUUCCAUCUUUCUCUCUGCAUCGCGAUCCAAAGUACUAUCCGCAGCCAGACAAGUUCGAUCCAGAAAGAUUCCUCAACGGUGAUGUGGAUAAUUCGGUCUACAUACCAUUUGGUAUCGGGCCUAGAAUCUGCAUUGGUAAUAGAUUCGCCCUAAUGGAAGCAAAAAUUAUGCUGGUCCACCUGCUUUGCCGCUGCGAUCUCGAGCCCGAUGUUAAAACUGCAAAUCCCAUCGUGUUGACAAAGAAAUCAUUAGCCAUGCUACCGGACAAGGGCUUCUGGUUGAAAUUGCGAGCAAGAGAAUCGAAAAUUUCUGUUACACAAGGCUUGUCGAACGGACACGGAGUUGAGGGACAGUCAUCAAAAACGUCUUCUUAUUGUGCAACUAAUCUGGAGAUUUUUGUCACAAUGGAGCCAUCUACUUUGCUUUUGACUAUUCUGACAGCGAGUAUUUGCUUAUAUUAUUUUGUUCUAAGAAAGCUAUCUUACUUCGAGCGACUGAAGAUUCCGCAUGUAAAACCGAUUCCAAUAUUGGGGAACAUGGCACCAUUUGUUUUUCAACGUACAUCCCAUAUAGAGCUUCUACAAAAAAUAUACAAUCUCUUUCCGAACGCAAAAUACUUCGGCAUCUUCGAUUUUGCAACACCGGUCUUCGUUAUCCGUGAUCCAGAACUGAUUUCUACGAUUACCAUAAAAAAAUUCGACAACUUCUGUGAUCGUAAUAGCUUUGUGAACAAAAAUCUUGAUCCAAUGGCCAGUAAAAAUCUGUCUGACCUGAAAGGGGAUCACUGGCGCGAGAUGCGAAAGCUUCUUAGUCCUAGUUUUACAUCCAGCAAGAUGAAGAUGAUGUUCGAACUUAUAAGUCAGUGCGCCGAGAACUUCGUCGAUUUUGUGACAACGCAAUCCGGAAAAACCGGCAAGACGUAUGAUAUGAAAGACAUACUGGGCAGAUACGCCACCGACACAGUGGCCACGUGUGCCUUCGGCAUCAGCGUGGAUUCUUUUAAGCAUCCGAACAACGAGUUCUUCUUGCUUGCCAAGAAAGCACUGACUUUUGACAAGUGGCUGGUCUGCAAGUUCUUCCUGCAUAGAAACUUCUCGCUACUGGCAAGACUCCUCAAUCUCAAAAUGUUUGGCCCAGAGAUAGAGAAAUUUUUCAAAGAUAUCGUUUCCAACACAGUGAAGGUCAGGGAUGAGCAGGGAAUUGUUCGUCCGGACAUGAUUCAGUUAAUGAUGGAGACUAGAAACAAAGAUAGCGGACCUGAGUUCGACAUUGACGAAAUGACCGCUCAGGCAUUCGUUUUCUUUCUCGCUGGAUUCGAUACUACAUCAACAGCCAUGAGUUUUAUGACGCACGUACUCGCUGUGAAUCCCGAUAUUCAAAGCAAGUUAAGAGAGGAAAUUGAUGAUGUUCUCAGACAGACCAACGGCAAACCUACCUAUGAGGCCAUCAGUCACAUGAAGUACUUAGACGCCGUGGUAAACGAAACUCUCAGAUUAUAUACGCCAGCAUCUUUCUUGGACAGAAAAUGUGUCAAGGAGACCAAAUUGCCAGCAGCGACUUCAGAUGGAGAACCGAUUACGAUGAAGCCUGGAGACAACAUAUGGGUCCCCGUUUUCUCUCUGCAUCGCGAUCCAAAGUAUUAUCCGCAGCCAGAAAAAUUCGAUCCAGAAAGAUUUCUUAAGGGUGAUGUGGAUAAUUCGGUCUUUAUCCCAUUUGGUAUCGGACCAAGAAUGUGCAUUGGUAAUAGAUUCGCAUUAAUGGAAGCAAAAGUUAUGCUGGUCUAUCUACUUUCACGUUGCGAUCUUGAACCCGAUGUUAAAACCAGAAUUCCUAUGGUGUUGGCAAAAUCAGCUGUCAUGAUGCCGGACAAUGGCUUCUGGUUGAAAUUGCGAGCAAGAGAAUCGAAAACUCGGAUUAAGGUAGUUCUCCGGCUCCAGUAGUGCUCAACUUGUAUUUCAUGUUUAAAAAGAAAAAUUUAUUUUGCUAAAGUUAAUUAAUUGUUUAUAUACAAAAUAUUAGAUAUAACAACUAAAAAUUAAGAAGUUAACUUCACGCGUGAGAACUCAUGCGGCGUUGCCAAGUAAUUGACGCCUUUCCUCUUCUGUCACUCUGAACCGAGCGAAAAAUUCAUCAAAUCUUUACACAAGUAUUUCUCGAAAACGAGUACCGCAAAGGUAUUGACACUUAAUUGCAUAUUAUUUCUAUUUUUAUGGAGCAUCAUAGACUAAUUUUUCAAAAACAUUUGGAGAAAACUUUUUUCACAAUUCAUUAUAAUGUCUCUUUUACAAUAGCUCGGAAUAGAAAUUACAUGUUAAAAGUUAAAACUUUGAAACUUUGAAACUUAGUAUUUUGAUUUUUAAUACCGCAAGGGGUAUUGAAAUUUAUA